ACAUUUGAUAAUAUUAAAACAUGUUUUGAAAAAAAUAAUUAUCGAUUAUAAUUUAUGAACCUCUGGUAAACCAUAUUUUCUUUUGUAGACAUUUAUGUCUAAUAAUAAUUUCUAUGUAUUUUACUAAACUUAAGAGCAUCUAUAAUCUGUAUUCUUUGUAAUUCGUUGAAAGUAAGUAAAUUUUUUUUAUUCUUAUAUAAAUAGUUACUUAUCUACCUAAAGGCUAAACAUAUAAUAUGCUAAUGUGAAAUAAAACUGAUUUAGGAAUUUGAUAGAUAAAAAUAUAUUAUAUAUUUGUUGAAAAUGUAUUCUUAAUGUUUUUAUAAUUUAGCACAAGUUAUAUUUUUAAAUUUGUAUAUGCUACAUCCACCCCUGAAUGUAAAAUAAUUAGGCAUUAUUAUAUAAAUUAAGGUAUUCUUCAUUACAUUUUUAUUUUCAUUAUUAUAUUUAUUAGUAAAAAUGCAAGUAUAGUAGGGCUUGUUUAAUAUAUUAUUUGGGAUUCCUAUAGUUAUAGUACAUACUUUUUUUUAUAAAUAAACUAUUUCACUUAACCUGUGCUUAUUAUGUAUAGUAGGCAACUACUUUAAUCAGUUGAUCUAUUUGUUUUAUAUAUUUAAUUGAGUUUAUUAAGUUACAAAUUAAAAUCUAACAAAAUUAUAUGCAUGGUAAUGAAAGAAUUUUUCAUAUAUAUAUUUUUAAUAUUGCACAAUUAUAAUCUAGAACUAGUUCAUACUCUUUUUAUUGGAUUCUUUCCUCACAAAAUAAAAUACAUAUGAAAUAUUUCGCAGAACAAAGAUGUUUAAUAUUUAUACAACAUAGGAUGGAGUCAUCACCAAUGGCUAGUAAAAUAAUUAAUUGUAAAUUAAUACAGCAAUAAUGAUAUGGAUUAUAAAAUUCAAAAAUUAUAUUAUUUAAAAAUAAAAUAUAAAUUGGUAGUCCUAGAAAGGACCUUUAUAUAUUGGGAAAAUAUUUUUCAGGAAAAGUAUAACGUAGGAAAAUAAAAAUGAUGUUAUCACAUUAUAACAUUAUAAUUUAGUAAUAUUGAAAAUUAUAUACAUAUAAUAAGAAUAUAAAAAUUAUAGGUUUAUAAUUUUCAUUAAACUUUAUUUGAUAAUAGUUAAAUGGAGUAUUGUUUUCCAACUUGUUUUAAUGUGUAUACAACAUACUCCUUAAACAAAAUCUUCUCUGAUCCUUUAUUUGAUUUUAUAAUUUCCACAGUUUGUAAGUCACAACACAAUACACGACACUGAGCAUAGAGACAGUCAGCACAAUCUUACUAACGUAUUUGUAUACACUAUUAAUAUACCCCAGUUUAACUAUUUAUCGUGAUAGGUAAUUUACAACUGAUAAUAUUGUAUUUUUAAUUUUGAAAGUAAAAGUAUUUUAGCAUUUCUACUGGGAAUUUUUAGUGCUAAACAAUUAUCUAUGUAUCUAUAGUACAUGUUAUGUUAGGUUAUAAACAAAUAAUAAAUUUGAAAAAUGUUCAGCUUUUAGAUUGAAUUAUUUAAAAAAUUUAAUUCCUAAUAUUAAAAAUGUAUAAACAAUGCUGUGCGUAUCUAAUGCAUUUCAUCUAAAUAAUAUGGUAAUAAUACAAAUUUCACUCUGAAUAAUUACAUUAGGUACCAUUUAUAAUAACUGAAAUAUUGUAAAUCACUUUAAGCAACAGGAAUAGUUUAAUCUCAUAUGUAAUGUAUCUUAUGUAUAUUACUAAACAUAACACUUUUUAAAUAUUUUUUGUUGUAGUAGUUAAUUAAUUAAUCUUUGAGAUGUUUAAUUUAUUAUAUUAUUAAGUUAUAGAAAAAAAAAAGUGAAUACAUUUAAUAUAUAACUAUUGUUUUAGGAUAAUAUUAAAUAUGGAAUCCAGACUAGCUAACGGAUUAAAAUUAUUGUAUAUACCAAAAAAAACUAGAAUCAGUUCUGGUAUUGGUAAUCGUCUUCCAGAAGCAUAUAAGAAAUUCUAUAAAGAAUGGCGUCAUCAGACUCCAGAACCAAUUUAUUAUCAACCCAAACAGGGAAAAUGGACCAGAGAUGAAAAAACUGGAGCAGUAAUUCCUGUCCAGAACAUACCAAUACCUUUAAAAUAUCCAAAAACAAUGAAUUCUGGCAUUUGGGGAGGAGAAGCUGUCAUUCAAGGUUUCAAGCAAGGCGGUGGUAAAUAUAAGAGCCGGGUACCAUAUUUUUGGACACCUACUCUUAAGAAAACAGUUGUGUAUAGUGAAGUUUUAAAUAAGUAUAUGUCUACUACAGUAACUCAAAGAGGAUUUGAUCUAAUUAAUAAAAGUUAUGGUUUAGAUCAUUACCUAUUAAAAACAAGUGCAUGUAAUUUAAAAACGGUAUUAACAUUAAAAUUGAAGCGUAAGAUUUUAAUGGCUUUAAGAGAUAAAACAUUAUAUCCGGAUAAUUUUGUAAAACAACAAGAAGUAUAUGAUAAGUACAAACAUUACUUAGCAGAUUACACUCAUGAUGAAAUAGAAUGGUAUGGAUUGACAUUUAAUGAAGCAUUACUAAAACUACAAGAUAUAGAUGACAUCAGUGAAGUAAAAAAAGAGCCAUUGAAAGUGAAGUAUAGAGCUGAAUUAAUUGAAGAAUUAAACAAUAGUGAUGAAAUUAAAGAGGAAAAACAGAGUUGGUUGAAUAAACUUAACCCUUUUGCUAAUAAGUAAAUUGUCAUAUUAUAAUUCAAUGUAAAAA